AGAACGCUGAGGAAUAUGAGUUCAGAAUGUGUAUUCAGAAACUGUCUAAGAUGAUGAUGAUGAUGUUUUUUUGUUUUUUUUCUUUCUUCUUCUUCUUCUUCACCAGCUCGUAUAACCAGAUUUAUUUCUCUUAACCUGUUGCAAGCAACUGGCACAGCAAAUUUCAUAAGUUUUUCUAUUCAAUAGUCACUUGCCAAGAACAUGUUAGUUUGCAUAAUCCUCUUACAUUUGAACUGGGCCUAUUGUGCGGCAAGAAAAAGCUUUUUCUAGCAAAUAAUUUUGGGAGAGCUAGAGUCAAAACAAUUUUCGCGGGAUACGAACUUAUAGAAUUUUUCGGGAUAUCCAAUUGUUCCCGGCAUCAGCUAGUUGCUCUUUGGAUGUGUUCUGAGAUCUAGAUCUUGAUACCAGUCCUCCGCUGUGACGUAGUCUACUUUAACUUUAACUUUAUUCAGUAUAAUCCAUGUAGUAUGAACCUGUCACUUAUUCCAGAUUGUUAAAUCAAUCGUCCAAUACAAGGGAUUAUAAACUAAUCCCACUGAUAUACACACAAUAAUAGGUUAUCGAGAAACGUCUUAAAUUUAUGUAUCAGCUAGCUUUGGCCUCUUAUAAGCAGGCCUAAAAAAUUGUACUUUUUGUGUGUCCUGCUUAUGACCACAAUCUAAUCAGAAUCUGAAAUCAGCCUAUAUAUAUAAACAUGAAAAGUGGAACAAAUUGGACGACACAGCAGUAACUCCACAACUGUUCAAAGCACGGAGCCUGAGACGCUUGAAUCAGCGACGACGACCAGUACAAUGAAGACUACUGUAACUGUUUUGGGACUUAUAUCGUUUUUCGCUUGCCUCAGAGUCAACCACGCUAAAUCCAUCAAAGCAGGAUGCAGUAUCGGAAUAAACAGUGACCUGCCCGAACCACAACCACUGCUUCUAAUCCCAGGAGGCAGUAAGGAUGGGAACGGAUUCUUCGUGCCAGAUGAUGGUGACGACAUCGUUACAUUCGGUGUUGGACAAGACGUGCUCUUAGCCUGCCCUGGCACCAAUAAUUAUUUGGCAUUUGCAGGUUUUGGCACAAGGAUUGCACUUGCAACAUGCAGCUCUGGCACUACAUUUUACAUUAAUUCAAUUCCUUACAGCUUCUCAGACUUUGCAUGUAGAAGUUACCCUUACCACACUGCCAGAAGAUCUGGCAGCACAUGUCAUGAUGGUACCAAAAGCCAUAUAGAGAUCGGGUUUGAGGUUGAGUCCGACUUUUAUAAAACCAUAGAUAUCUGUUUUGAUGAUAACGUACUUAAUACCCUGUACAGCAAAUUCACGCUGGUAUCUGGUAUUGGCGGUUACCAGAUUGGAUUUCCACGGCCGAGUUUCUUAGAAGACGACUUCUACCCUGGAAUCCCAGUAGACAACCUCUACACCAAAAACACGCAACGGCAGACAAUCAGUAAUAUCCUUGGCUCAACACAGCUGGGUAACACGUACAUUUCUGACACGACCGAUUAUUAUCUCGCUAGGGGUCACUAUACAGCAAAAGCUGAUUUUGUCUAUGGUUCCCAACACAGAGCAACUUUCCAUUUUGUAAAUGUCGCCCCACAGUGGCAAACUUUCAAUGGAGAUAACUGGAAUUCACUUGAGAUGAGUGUAAGGACUUAUGCUGACAAGAAUAAACUUACUCUCGACGUGUACACUGGAACGCACGGCGUCUUAACGUUGCCGGAUAUUAACGGGAUCGAAAAAGAGUUGUAUUUGUAUGUUGACAACAACAAUAACAAUGGUAUUCCUGUACCAAAACUAUUCUGGAAAGCAGUUUAUAAUCCCAAGACCCAAGCUGGCGUUGUUUUCGUGGGUGUCAACAACCCGUACGAACCUAAUCCAGAGGAAAAUUACGUGAUUUGUACUAAUGUUUGCUCAAACAUUUCUUGGCUUCAGUGGGAUGAGAAAAAUGUUAAGAAAGGAUAUUCAUACUGUUGUGAAGUUAAUGAUUUUAGAUCCACUGUUAAUACACUCCCAGAGUUAACAGUAAGCAGUCUAUUAACUUAAUCAGUGAACGGAAGCAGGAACUGUUCACAGAGCCGAUGGCAAUAAAUAAGCAGAACGAAUGACUGAAUGUUCUGAAAUUUCUGUAAAAUUAUGGAUUUAUAUGGGAAGUAUAAUUAUUCAAGAAAAUGUACAUGACUUAUAUAAAUAUACUUGAAACUACAAUACUAGCAUAAUAUGGAAACUUUUAAUUUUUACUGUUCUGCAUAAUCAUGUCUUUUCAAUAUUUGUACAAAGCUCUAGUUUUUAAUAAAGUCACUGGUACGAUAUCAAUAACUGCUAAGUGUGCACCGACAAAAGUA